UUGAUGACCGAAUAAUAUGUGUUGGCUCCACUUAUUUAAAGCCGUUACAAGUAAUAGUAUUUCGGCGUAUAUAAGCCAGCGGUGUUCAGCUGAAAAUUCGCAGUCUGACUUCGAAUCAUCUACUAACAUGAAGACUUCUCUCGCGAUCCUUAUUUUGAGUGCCGUUGUGGCCGCUGUUAUUGCCGAUGGUGAAUAUGCGCCUCCAGCGCUGGAGAAGAAAUACGAAGGCUAUUUCCAGUACGCCAAUGUUCCAGCUAAAGAUGAGUACGAAUUUGGACACAACCGUGGCAAUCCUUCCCACAACCGCAAUCAAUACGAACAGUCCAAGGAUCACCGUUUCCGCACCAAGGUCAAGUGGUCUGAUGCCUACGGUGGCUACGGUGAGCACAACUGGGAAUACAAUCACGCCGAUUCCGCAUACAAAGGCAACGGUUACCCAGCUCCAGCCUAUCCAGCUCCCGCUCAGGAUUAUUCCGCUCCCGGUUAUUCCGCUCCAUACCCGACUUACGAAGAAGCUCCCGCAGCUAAAGUGUAAACUCCACUGCUUGUCAAUCUUUUUAUGCUGGCAAAAAAAGGACGCGUUAUUGUAAUACAUGUUAUUAAUUAUGAUAUUCAAAAA